AUGGCUAGAGGCCUCAAGCACUUCAGCUUCUUGCUUGUUCUCGUUCUUGUUCUCGUGUUGCUUGGCUCAUCGUCAGACGCCCGGCCACUCAAUAUCUUGAAAUCCGAUGGUUCAAGGGUUUGGGACAAAGGUUUCUUUGAUGUGUUAUCUCUUGGUGCCAUCAAGCAAUCGGGUCCAAGCCCAGGGCAAGGGAACAAAUACACAGAUUCGCGGUCUUUUGGACGAAUUCAUAAGGAUGGUCCUGGCCCUGGAGAGGGACACUGA